GAGAGAAAGGACCCCCCCCCCCCCCGGGCCGGUUUUUCUUCGAGUUACGCGAGUGGGGCUGAUUAGUGGGACUGUUGUUUCUUCUUGCUACCCUGACGGCCAGGAUGUUCGUUGCUUGUGAUGGCUGCACGCGACCUGACUUCCGAGGCUUCGCGCUUCUCAUGCCAGCUGUAUCAGUGGGGAAUGUUGGCCAGUUGGCUGUAGAUUUAGUCAUUUCUACACUGAGCAUGCCCAAAGUUGGUUACUUUUAUACUGAUUGUCUUGUGCCAAUGAUUGGAAAUAAUCCAUAUGCAACAACAGACGAUAAUGCAACUGAAUUAUGUAUAAAUGCUGAAGUGUAUGCAGCUCCUUCUAAAAAGUUGGUGGUUCUACAGAUCAGAUCACCAUUCAUAAAGAAUAAAUAUAGACUCUUCUGUCAAAUACUGCUAACCUGGGUGAAAAGUUGUGGAUUUUCCAAAAUUGUUCUUCUGUCCAGUAGUCAUGCUUACCAACGUAAUGACCAACAGCUUCAGGGUACAUCAUUGCGAUAUUUGCUUUCGCCUGCUGUUGAGAAGGCAACUGGAAAUAUAAUGGAAAGGCUGAAUGGCAGAGAACUGGAACAAGUACCAGCUUUUCCUGGAGUAAAUGGUGAUGAGAAAGUGUUCCAUAUUCCAGGUGGUGGUAUCACAAAACUAUUGUUCACGGAGAGUUGUUCAAAAGGAAUCCCACUGGUAGUUUUGCUGAAGUUCUGCUCAGAGGGGGACAAUAUUCCUGAUGCACAGGUCCUUGCAGACUACCUUAAUGAAUGGCUUCAACUGACUGCAAACCAACAGAGUAACAGUUCUCCAGUUAAGUGUUCCGGAUGGAAAAUACCCAGUUCCUGGAAACUACUCUUUGGCAGUGGACUCCCACCUGCACUGUUUUAAAACCCCUUUUUAAAAAUCAUCCACUUGUAUAAAAACUAAGUUUUCUAAUUUGGAUUUUGAAAUGACCAACUAUGCAUUAUCUAUUUUCACCAAUAGUUUAAUAUAUUCUGACAAGCUAAAGAAAAUGUCUUAACUGUAAAAACUGAAAAUGUGUUCAAUAAAUCAAUUUUUAAGUUUC